AUGGCUUUUACUCGGUUUUCGGCAAGACGAGGACCAAUCAAGGAAAUGCACAGUGACUGCGGGACCAACUUCAUUGGUGCAUCACGAUUGUUGACACCCCUUCAGGAACUUACGCAUUCAAAGCCCUUUCAAGACAGCGUCCACAUUCAUCUGGCUAAAAAUCAAAUAACAUGGCAUUUCAAUCCUCCAGCUUCUCCUCAUUUCGGGGGGUUGUGGGAAGCCGGAGUUAAGUUCACGAAGUCAUUAAUCCUUCGCUCCAUCGGCUUACAUAAACUGACUAGCGAAGAAUUUAUAUCACUUCUUGCUCAAAUUCUCACGUCAAAAAACUCACGUCCCCUAUGUGCACUUAGCAAUGAUCCAGAUGACUUUGAAGCCUUGACGCCUAGUCAUUUUUUGACUCUUGAGCCGUCAACCUCACUUCCAUAUCCAAAUCUUGUCAACGAAUCGAUGUCAAAGUAUCAAAGAUGGCGUCUCAUAACCGAUUUACACCGGCAUUUUUGGACCAGAUGGAAGAACGAAUAUCUCAGCAGCCUUCAACUUCGAAAAAAGUGGUCAGAACCAGGUCAAGAACUCCAUAUUGGUGACCUUGUCCUCGUGAAGGAAGCGACCCAUCCGCUUCGUUGGCGGACUGGAAGAAUCCGAGAACUUCAUCCGGGUUCUGACGGUAUCUCAAGAGUAGCUACGCUAGACACUACAUCCGGCCGGUUGAAACGCCCCGCAGUGAAGCUCUGUCCACUACCGACUUCUUGA